UAGCAGACGACUACGAUUUCAGAAACUGUUUUUCGAACAAGUUUCUGUUAUGCAAGUGUAACAAUAAUGUAAAACGGAAACCGGUUUUUAAGAGACAUAUUCAACAAUUCAACAGCUACGUUUCGAAUACUACAGUUAUAAUAGAAAAGGAAGAUCUGCUGUCCCCAAAAAUUUCACCAAGGAAAUACUUUCUGUCAAUACCAGCUCCUGUGUUUUUUUAAAGUGUGAUUAUUUUUGUUUAAACAAAAUGUCCAAAUUUCGAGGAACAGAUAUCUUGCUAAUUUUAAGAGGAUUGAAAGCAGUUUCAAGAGCAGCAGCAAAUGUAACAGAAGCAGAACUCAAAGAAGCUUGGUCGUUUUCUAGUUCGAGUAGGCCAAGAUUACAUAAUUUAUUUGUUAAGCCUUACAAUCCAGAGAAUAUCUCUAAAGAUGUCAAGGAAGCAGUUGGACGAUCCCUUGCUGUGGUAGAAGGUCUCAAAGAAUACUCUAUCAUAGCAGCACAACAAUUAAUCAAAACUAACUUUAAUGCAACCAAGUCCUUUAAACAGACAUCACAAGUAGAACAAGAAUUCUUGGAUCCAAAUUUUCAACAAGGUAUUGAUUUUGAAUCACCACAAAAUGGAGUGGGGUCUCCAUUACAAAGUGUCAUUGAUACUACUUUUAAGGGUACUGAUAUUUCAAAUUCACCUACUAGUGAUCCUUCAUUUAAGAUAAACAAUGAAAAUGACCUCAGUAACCCAAACAUCUCUGGAACUAUGAAAGAUUCUUCAUCUGAUUCUGUGUCUGCUUCAUCAAAUUUCAAAUCUCCUGUAAUGUUUCAAAAAUCUAGUACCAAAUCUCAUUCCCAUCCAAAAGUAGAACAAAAAUCAGGAAAUCAGUCGGAUUCUGUAAAACCAGCUGUUCCCAUUCCACCUGUUGCGAGAAAAAAUCGAGUAUCAAAAUUGAGUGAAACUUCGCACGAAGUUGCUGUUCCGUCAUCUAGAAUUGGUCGGAUAGUUUCAUAUGGUGGCUUGGCUGCUGGCCUAGGUAUGGGAGCCUUAGCAGAGAUUUCUCGUCGAACUUUUGGCAUGAAUGAAGCAAAAGCACUGGAACAAAAUACUACAGCCAUACUGGACUCCAAUCCCUUUCUCACCGACGCCAAUGCCGAGCGGAUUGUAAAAACCCUCUGCAAAGUCCGAGGUGCGGCCCUCAAGCUGGGUCAAAUGUUAAGUAUGCAAGACAACACGCUCAUUAACCCGCAGUUGCAGAAAAUUUUUGAACGUGUACGACAAUCUGCUGAUUAUAUGCCGAUCCGGCAAAUGGAAAGCGUCUUAAUUAAAGAACUCGGGCCCGAUUGGAGGAGUAAAUUUAAGGAUUUCCAAGAAAAACCUUUCGCCGCUGCUUCCAUUGGUCAAGUUCACUCGGCAACACUACCUGACGGUCGGGAGGUAGCCAUAAAAAUUCAAUAUCCUGGAGUCGCUAAGGGAAUUGAAAGUGACAUUAAUAAUUUGGUGGCUGUGAUGAAGAUGUGGAACAUAUUGCCCAAAGGCAUGUACUUGGAAGAAUUUAUUAAGGUAGCUAAACUCGAAUUAAGUUGGGAAGUAGACUAUGUCCGAGAAGCCGAGUGCACUAAAAGAUUUGCUUCACUCAUCAAAGACAUGCCGUAUUAUAAAGUACCAGAAAUAAUUGAUGAGCUAUGCACGAAGGAAAUCUUUACUUCGGAGUUUGUUGAAGGGAUUUCAAUGGAAGAGUGCAUGAAACUUGAUCAAGAAACUAGAAACCAUGUUGCAGAGAAAAUCCUUUCGUUAUGUCUCGUGGAAGUGUUUCAGUUCCGCUUUAUGCAGACAGAUCCUAAUUGGGCCAACUUUAUGUACAACCCAGUUACGCGUGAGGUAAUCCUAAUCGAUUUUGGUGCAAGUCGAGAAUAUUCAAAAGAAUUUGUCGACAAUUACAUAAGAGUAAUAGAAGGAGCUGCCAAAGGUGAUCGUCAGCAAGUUCUUGAAUAUUCUCAUGUAGUAGGUUUUUUGACAGGAUACGAAAGCAAGGUUAUGAAAGAGGCCCAUGUUGAAGCAGUAAUGGUUUUGGGUGAAGCAUUUAGGCAUAAUGAACCUUUCGAUUUUGGGGCGCAAGAUACCACGCGACGAAUCCAGAAAUUGAUUCCAGUUAUGCUUUCGCAUCGCCUCUGCCCACCUCCUGAAGAAACCUAUUCUCUUCAUCGAAAAAUGUCUGGGGCGUUUCUUCUUUGCACAAAAUUGGGUGCCAAAAUUAACUGCAAAGCGUUCUUUGAUAACAUAAUCGGAAACUACCGUGCUACGUUAUCCCAGUAAACAAUAUCCAGAAUAUGGGAAAUGUUACUACUUACAUACAAAAUAGGAAAUACAUUAAGUUAUGAAAUUUUAA